AUGGAAACUACUGAUAUUUUUGAUAUAGAACAAAAUGAUUUAUAUGACAUUAUGCCAUCAUUCACUGAAUUAGAGAUGGAAGAAUAUGAUGAAGCAGAUGAUAUGAUCUGUCAGCAUGUUCAAGAAUUUGAAUCUCCAAAAAAUAAAAAAACUAGUCAAGAAUCAUAUAGUCAUAGAAUUGUUAAAAAUAUUUAUGGAAAUAUAGAAUGUAUCUUUAUUCGAUUUGAUCAUACAAUUGUAGAUGAAGAAAUUAAACAAGAAAUUAAUAAUUUUAUUUAUAAUUAUAUCAAUAUUCAUGGAUUUCCUUCAUCAGGCCAACAUAUGUGA